AUGAGGGAGGCGAAGAGGCUGCCAUGCCCAGACCUGGUAGCACAGAUGCUGAGGAACGCGGACAACGUUCGGCGAGUUGCGGCGGCUUCCCGGAACUUAAAGGGAACCGCCGUGAGAGACUUGCGUGUAUGCGCGAAUACGAUACAGGCGUACGCCGUUGAACUCGGCAAGAGGCCUGAAUCGGAGGGAAGCGAUGCUCUCCAGAUCACGGAGCUGCGGCAGGCGCUGGCAAUGGCCGAAAUGGAGAAGGAGCGCCUCCAGAGAGAUGUAGACAGUCUCCGCAAGGAGACAGAAGAUAUGCGGCGAGAGAUGGAAAAUCUCAGGAGGGAGGUUGCGGAAAUGGUUACUCCAGUGGCUAUAUGCCCCCCCUCACCGCCACGUCCGAUGGAGCCCGAGCCGACGCCACCACGGAAGAGGAGGGCGAGUCAAUGCUCUUCCCCGAUAGAGGAGGAGCAAUUGAAGAGGAGGGCGACGGAGGCUGAGGCGCACCCCCUGCCAGCAGCACCAGAACCCUUCAUAGAGGUGGAGCCGGUUCUUCCCAUUGUGGAAGAACGAAGAGCGGAAGAGUCGCCAAGGAGCCAGGAGGUGGAACAUUUAACCAACCUGGUGACUACCUUGGCGGCGACGGUGAAAGACCUUGCCGAGGAGGUCCGACGUGGGAAGAGUCAGGAGACCACCCGACCCCAGGAGGUUCCCUCCCAGGGGCGAAGAGGGCCGAGAGAAGUGACCCCAGCGCCACCCCGAGCAAGGAGGGAUGAGCAGCCGAAGACGGCGACAGCCCCAGCCCCGGAGACCUGGGCAACCGUGGUCGGCCGAAGGGCGAAAAAGGCUCAGAGGAAGGAGGCGGCGGCUGCAGCAGGGGAAGCUGCGCCGACCGCUGCGGUGGCUAGUCGGCCCACUAAGAAGAAGCCGCAGAAGAAGAGACCAGCACCCAAGAAGGUGCAAGUGCCGAAGGUCCCUCAGAUGGCUGCCCUGACUUUAACCAUCCCGAAAGGCGGGAAAACAACCUAUUCUGAGGCGAUGAAGAAAGCGAUGGAGACGGUCCCCUCCACCGAAAUCCAGCAGAUCGGAAUCACCGAGUUUAAGGUGAAAAAGUCGGCCACCGGGGGCAUGAUCCUGGGAGUCCCGGGCCCCGGUGGUCAGGCUAAG